AGGGUCAUAGACACAAGAUGGCUCAUUGACAAGGCUGCAGAAGUAACACAGCCUGCAGUAACACUACUGUAACACAGAGUUUUACCAAGCAUGUGCCUCCAGCUGUUGCAAAACUAAAACUUCAAGCAUGCUGGACAGUCAAAGGAUGUCUUGGAAUGCUGGGAGUUGUAAUUUUGCAAAAGCAACACUGAUGCAAAAACAAGUUAUCCAAACAGUGUACCUCCAACUAUUCCAAAACUACAAGUCCCAGCAUUACAGCACUGCCUAAGGAUCAUACACAUGAGUGACAUAGGAAGAUGAAGAUUUAGAGAAUUAGGGUUUGAACAUGGGACCCCGUCGGAAAUCUGUUAAACCGUGCAGAACAAAUAGUGAAGGAGUAGAGAAUGGCAGAUCCAGUGACCCUAAGGAUUACAUGAAUCAGCUGUCCCAUGAAGUGCUUUGUCAUAUAUUUAAAUAUCUUCCACUGCAAGACAUUAUGUGCAUGGAAUGCUUGUCAAGGAAGCUGAAGGAAGCCGUGACUCUGUACCUGCGUGUUGUCAAAAUGGUUGACCUUUGUGCUGGACGCUGGUGGGAGUAUAUGCCAACAGGUUUUACUGAUUCCAGUUUUCUUAAACUACUUAAGAAAAUGCCAGAUAUUGAACAGCUUUAUGGCCUUCACCCAAGAUAUUUGGAGAGACGCAGAGUUCGCGGCCAUGAGGCUUUCAGUAUUCCUGGUGUGCUAGAAGCUUUGCAGACCUGUCCAAACCUUCUGGGGGUAGAGACAUCUCAUCUCGAACUUGUAGAAGCUAUAUGGACGUAUAUGCCACAAGUUCACAUUUUAGGCAAGUUUCGGAAUCGCAACGGAGCAUUUCCCAUACCCCCAGAAAAUAAGCUUAAAAUACCUAUUGCUGCAAAAAUCCAGACCUUACAUUUAGUGGGAGUGAAUGUUCCUGAAAUACCCUGCAUUCCUAUGCUGCGUCAUCUGUAUUUAAAGUGGGUGCGUCUAACCAAACCUCAGCCUUUCAAAGAUUUCUUGUGCAUUAGCCUACGGACCUUUGUGAUGCGAAAUUGUGCUGGGCCCACAAACUCAUUAAAGUAUGUGCCAUUGGUCACUGGUUUGGCAUCCGCUCGCAACUUGGAACAUUUAGAGCUUGUUCGAGUUCCUUUUCUAGGGGGCCUUAUACAACAUGUGGUGGAGGACAGCUGGAGGUCUGGUGGCUUCCGAAAUUUGCACACAAUUGUUUUAGGAGCAUGUAAAAAUGCUUUGGAAGUUGAUCUUGGCUACCUCGUAAUCACAGCUGCUAGAAGGUUACAUGAAGUACGCAUCCAACCUUCAUUGACCAAAGAUGGAGUUUUCUCUGCAUUGAAAAUGGCUGAGCUUGAGUUUCCACAGUUUGAAACUUUACACUUGGGAUAUGUGGAUGAAUUUUUGUUACAAUGUAAGAUGACAAACGCAGAUCUUAUGAAGUAUGGCUUGGCUGAUGUGGCUGAGAAUCCUGGCAUUAUCACAGAUAUCGGGAUGAAAGCUGUAAAUGAAGUCUUCUCCUGCAUCAAAUACUUGGUGAUAUACAACUGCCCCCACCUUCAUAAUCCCAAAAAUUGGAUCACAGAUCACUCUCGGUGGAACCGCUUGGUUGAUCUUAGCUUGGUGCGUUGCCAUGCCAUUAAGUUGGAAUCUUUUAGCCAGUUUGUUGAGCUGCUCCCAAGUCUAGAAUUUAUCUCUCUGGACCAGAUGUUUCGGGAACCCCCUAAGGGUUGUGCUCGUGUAGGUCUUAGCGCAGGAACAGGUAUUGGAGUGUCUUCAGCCCUUGUAAGCAAUCAAAACUCAAACAAUGAGAAUGAAAAUAACAACAAUCACCAGAACAACAACCUGCAACAUAAUAACAAUAACCAACAGCCGCAAAACAUUCCACCACCGCAACAAGAGGAGGGAAAUGAGGAUCCUGAAGUCAGAGCAGAGAACCAUGUGGUGGAGGAACAACAUAUAGCAGCGGAAGCUCUGAAUGUCAUGGAAGAUAUACCACAAGAUGAAGUUAGACCGGCUGUGCAGGACAAUGAAGCUGCAGCCCCAAAUUUGGCUGUUAUACCAAUGGAUGUAGAUGAGGAACGAGCAGGUCCCAGUGGUUUACAGCCUGCUGUAAAAGCUGCACCAAUCACUGUCCACGAUUCUGACAGUGAGGAUGAGGAUGAUAUUGGCAGUGCACCUAAUGCCGGUGACACAUCAGUCAACAACUAUUCUCAUGAAGAAGAUAAAAGUUUCCAGUUGUCAGAACCUCAGGAUGGCACAAAUGAUUGUGUUGUAAGUGGAAAAGGUAAAACGCCAUUGCGAAAGAAGUGCAGUGCUGCAUUCAAGAGUCCAGCACCGCAAACUACCCCAAGUGAAGAAAGUAGCUGUGAAAAGGGGUGCCAGGUGACAAGUGAACAGAUCAAAGCUGACAUGAAGGCAGCCAGUGACCCCUCUGACAGGACCAAAGGAAAAGAUUGCUCCAAUGAAGUGAAUGCGGCAGGUGGUGUUAUAAAUGCAAGUGACCCUGAUCCCCAGAAUAUAGGUACUGAUCAGCCUUUGAAUGAGAGUCCUGAUUCUGUGGAGGGAGUAGGUUCAUGUACGUGUGCUAGACCAGAGGAUUUUGUGCUCAGUGCUGCUCAGGGACAAGAGACAAGUGCAUUAUGUCCUCAUUGCUCCAACAAUGUGAACAAAGAACAAAAAUCACAAAGGAGAAACAGCGGGAGUUAUGACAUACCACAGCCUUCAACUAGUCACUCCUCUUCAGGAGAGGAGUCUGAAAACACUCUCAGGACUCCACAAAAUGGAGCAUACAGGACUAAUUCAGGUAUAGGGGUGGAUAUAAAUGCGUCUUCUGCAAGCAGCAGGUUACAGCAAGGAGGCCAUAAUCCACACAGGCCUCUCACAAGAGCAAGAACAAGGCUAUCUCAGGUGUCUCUUAUUUCUGACGGGGAAUCCACACCAAAAAGCAGAAAAGCUGUAAAGAGGAAACGGACAGCAGAUAAAUCUACAAGCACCAGUGACCCUGUUAUUGAAGAUGACCAUGUCCAGGUUUUGAACCUUAAAUCUAAAAAUCUUGUGGGUAUUACCCUAACGAACUGUGGUAUUACAGAUUUGGUUCUUAAGGACUGCCCCAAAAUGAUGUUCAUCCAUGCAACACGAUGUCGUGUGCUGAAACACUUAAAGGUGGAGAAUGCUCCAAUUGUCAAUCGCUUCGAUUAUGCGCAAUGUAAGAAACUUAACAUGGAACAAGUACUUGACCAAAUCCUUAGGAUGCCCCCUGAGAGAAAUCGCAUAAUCUAUCUGCGCCCCAUGCAGCAAGUAGACACCUUGACAUUAGAGAGAAAAAUAUUCAGUGGUCCAUACCCCUAUCACAUCUGUAUCAUACAUGAAUUUAGCAAUCCUCCUAAUGUUAGAAAUAAAGUUCGUGUUCGGAGCUGGAUGGACACUAUAGCAAACGUCAAUCAAGAGCUCAUUAAGUACGAAUUCUUUCCUGAGGCCACUCGCACGGAAGAAGAUGUAAAGAAAUAUACAAAGUAUCCCUGGGGCAGAGACAUUUACACCCUAGAAGGUGUUGUGGAUGGUGCCCCGUACUCAAUGAUCACAGACUUUCCCUGGUUACGCUCACUUAGAACUGCUGAACCAAACAGCUAUGCAAGAUAUGACUUUGAGGAUGAUGAAAAAACUACAAUAUAUGCACCAAGGAGGAAAGGGCAGCUUUCGGCAGACAUUUGUAUGGAAACAAUCGGUGAAGAGAUAUCAGAGCUACGGCAGAUGAAAAAGGGAGUUUUCCAACGAGUUGUUGCCAUAUUUAUCCAUUACUGUGAUGUCAAUGGAGAACCUGUGGAGGAUGACUAUAUUUAAACAGAACUUAUUGCCUUGAUAUCAUCAGUUUUACUUUCUCUAGCUGCAUAACCUAGAGAUGUGGCAGGUAAAAGGUUGAGCUAAUGGAGAUAAGCACCAUAAUGUUCCAUUGGAUCCUUUUGCAGCACGCUCCACUAAUAGCUAUAGUGGGAGGAAGUCCUUUCUCUGAAGACCAGCAAAGAAAAUAGUACUCUGGGGUGGCCCAGCGCUCUUAAGCCCUAUAUUUUUCACUUGCAUUAAGUCUUCCUGUGAGCUUGGAUACAAAGAGAGUGCUGUUUCGCAUAGAACAGUAGCGUAGUCACUUCAAUGCUGUAUCCAUUAAGAUCUAUUCAAUGCCAUAGGUCCCUUAACCAUCUGGCUACGUCAUAUACAAGAAGUAAAAUAUUGUAUAGUUUUUCUAGUGGUAACCCUCCACUCUCAGCUACAACAGUUGAGCGUUAGUAAAGCUAUUAGUACUAGGUAGAAAACUAGAUAUUCCCAGGAAAUGGAUAAGCCUAUUCAGGCAGUGAUACACUUAAAAGAUAUACAGGUUAGAACCAGGAAGCUUCGUACAAGCGUGUCUGUGGUGGAGGCCUGGCUGAACAGAGACAUUUUACUAGAUGCAGUGAAUGAUGCUAAGGCCUUAAAAUGUUGUCCAAUAUAAAAACCAUAAAUGGUCUUAAGAAAGAUCAAAACAGAUGAACAUGUCAUUUUGCUGUCUUGGCAAAGAAGGAUGCAACGAAUCUGCCUGUUACCCUUAUGAGAUGGGUAUGCAGCGCUGGCAGUUCUGUGAGCUGCAAAGCAAAGCUGUUUUUUUGUUUUUAUAAUUCUAAAUCGUUAUGAUUCGUUGCACUGAGUUAAAGCUGCCAUCUUCUAGAAGGUGAAUCAAGUUUCCAAGGAGCAGCUUCUUGUUAAUGUAAAAGUUUGUAUUUUUUUGUAUUAUUAUUAUUUUUUUUUUCUAAUUGCACAGAGCAGAUUGUAAAUUGCGUGACAAUGCUUUGUCUGGAUUUUUAA